GGAAUAAUGUGGCUCCUGACAGCGUGCAGCUCUGCGUUUGUCGGUCAGGGCCUGAUCCUGUGAAUUGCUGAACUGAAUUAAUUAAGAGCCUAAGAUACCAUUAAGUCCAUGGGGACUGACAGUGCUCAGCACUACUCAGUGUUGAGGCCCUUAAAUAAAAGCCAACCUACAAAUUCCAAUUCAUGCGAGUAACAAUAUUGCACACAGCUACAGUGGGGACAUGAAUUAUUCACAUCAGUGUAGCAUGAAAGAUGCAAACAGCAAAGCCUGUUUAAAAUAACACACAAAUACUCAAUGUUUCUGUGAUAUGUGGGAGGGUUAUCAUUUGGCCCAUUUUUCACUCAUAUGCAUAUUGCUUUUAUUAAUUGCGUGCAUAGGUCUGAUAUGAAGAUGUGGAAAAAAUAUAUACAGGAGAUAGACAUCUAAUAAACAUUAGUAGAAAACGAGGAAAGAAGGUUCCUGAUUAGCAUUCUUCCCAUAUGAAACUACUAGAUUGUAUCGGAGUUAAGUGUUUUACCAUUCUUUUUUUUUAACCAUUAUCUGAUCAGAGAAGCAUAAAAAGCACUUUAUUGCCUUUUUUUUUAUCCCUGUGCUAGGAGCCCUCUGCAGGAAGUGAAGCUGAAUUUCACAAAUCUUCCCUUUCUGACGUCUCCCGAAUUUCUAGGAAUACCCCUUCCCUGUUACUAUAUUUGGUGGUAGUUUCUAGGAAAAAAAUAAUUUUCGGACGGUCUUAGACUCACCACACCUCCUCUCCGAGGACUGUGCGCCCCGGGUCUCCUGGCACGGCCCCCGCGGAGUUGAGGAGCUCACGGCUCGGGCUCACAACUCCCGGCGCAGACUGCACGUCUUUGUAGCACUGUUGGAGGAAUGAGCAUGGAGAAGGAGUGGGAAGGGGAGAGGUGUCUUUGUGGCAACAAUGAGUGAAUCUUCUCUAGUUUUUUUCCUGGCGGCUGCUCUUUUUUUUUUUCUUUCUUUCUUUUUCCCUCCCUGCACUUUUUUUUUUGCCCCCUUUUUUCAAGGAAGAGGAUCUUAAUGAAAGAAGAAAAAAAAAAAACCUCUGGAUUUUUUUUUCCCCCUCCGUUUCCCCUCUCCCCCUCCCCUUGAUGUGGCCUCUUGUUUAGCUUGUGGCGUGACCGUGAUGAAGAAAUGUUUCAGGGCGCCUGGCAGGGUGAUCUUUUUAUGUAAUGAGUCAGGAUUUUGCCAACGGAAGGAGCCGGCUCGGAGCGAGGACCGAAGGGCUGUCUCCUUUCAAGAACGGGGACCUGCCCGGAGAGCGGCUCCCUGUGCUCGGGAUCCCCGCUCGCUGCGGGCGCUGAUCCAUUCCCAUUCCCGGCUCGCGGGGGCACCGCCGCGGGCACUGACAAGUGGAAAAGCUCAGAAGAAAUCCACAUUAGAAAGCCACACAGAAAAGCUGUCAAGGACUCAGAGUAGGCAAAAAAAAGAACCAGAAAACCCAGUCACACAAAUAUUUGCACUAUGGGAAUGUGGUGAGUCUCUCUCUCUGGUUAUCAAGAUAAAUUAUGUUGUAACUGUCAUCUCUCUCAUUCUCCAAGUUUUCAAUGAAAUUCAGCUGGUUAAAAUCUAACCUUUCCAAUCAAAGCUCAGACUGUGGUCUCCAUGAGUCAGGAGUUGCUCUAUGAAAUAACUGCAAUUGUCUUUGGGGGUUCUGUUGGGCGGGUUGGUUUUUUUUGUUUGUUUGCUGCUUUUUUUUUUGUUU